UACCCAGAAUAAUUUGAGCUUCGGUAUGCGCCAUCGCUUUAGUUGCCAGUUGAUUGUCAGUAGCAGAGCCGUAUAGAUGUGCCAUUUGAGUGCGCUCCAACCGAACAUAUAGAGCGGCAUUAAAAAAGUAAAAUUAUUGCCAAAACAAGGAACGGUGAGCGAGCGGUUAAUACUCAAAUAUUGUUGCGUGUCAUAGAGCAAAAAUAUCUAACGAGUGAAGCGUUACAAAUUUUAAAGAAUCACCAAGCGUGCGCGCAUAAACAGGCGGUGGACUAACAACGAAUUAAUAACAAAAACAAGAAAAAAAAAAAUAAAAAUAUAAAAACAAAAAACGAAAAAUACCUGCUUAAACAUAUGUUAUGUUUUAUAACUGUUUCACCUUAGUCAAAGGGACCGCAAAAAACUCAAGUGUCUGUGAAAAGUAAAGUUUUUUUUUUUUCAAUUAUAAAAAUAACAUAAAUUAUAAAAUAGUUAAAUAAAAUUCUAAUAAAAUGACGAAAGUUGAACUCUAUAAAUCGCGUGUAUUCGUCACCAUAAUACACCUGUGCGCUUUGGGUCAAUUUGCUUAUGGCGUAUACUACAAUAAAUUUGAGAUACAGCGCAGCUACAAAUUGGAAACGUCAUUGAAUCGGAGAUUAGUGCCAGAUGGUCUUGUGCAGAAGGCGAAGCUUUUAUCAUAUUGGAGUUUGAUUAUCCAAUCGAUUUACUACAUAAUUUCGUUAAUAAAUGACUUUGUGGGCACAAAUGAAGUUGCGCCGAAACACACACCCACUAUACGCAAAGUCAAGGAUUAUCUAAUGUCGACAUUGGCCUUCCCAGUGGCCUUGAAUGUGGGCAUAACCUUCUGGUCAUUGUAUGCCAUAGACCGCGAAUUGGUAUUCCCACGCGUGUUGGAUGCAGUGUUUCCAAGCUGGCUCAAUCACGUUUUGCACACCAAUAUCGUGGUCUUCAUCAUUCUGGAACUCUUCACAUCAUUCCGUGCCUAUCCCAAACGCAGCCAGGGUAUUGCUGGUCUUUCCGCUUUUAUGCUCAGCUAUCUUGUUUGGCUUCAUAUUGUCAAGCAUUACUCAGGUGUCUGGGUCUACCCGGUGCUUGAGGUGUUGCAGUUGCCGCAACGCAUUAUCUUCUUUGUUGCUGUGUUGGCCUUCACACUGUGUUUGUACCUGUUGGGCGAGUUCAUGAAUAAUAUUGUUUGGGCCAAGGAACUGAAGCUGGCGCAACGCAAAGUCAAAUAAAUUACUCGCCCACUCAGAUAUUUAAUAAAAUAAUAUUUCAAAGGAUGGAACGACGAGUAAAUUUAUUUACAUAAUUCGAUUUGCACUUUGGAUAUUUGCAAAUGUAAAGCAAAGCGAAAAAAAACGGAUGGACAAAAUAAAUUAACAUAAAAUAAAGGAAAUUAAAUUUCUUAUGAUAUUUUAAACUUAAAGCUUUGCGAAAAUUUUCUAAAAUAUUAUAUAUUUAGUAAAUGCGAUAGAUCGAGUGAAACCAAAAAGGAAAAUAAGUGAAUAUCUUACCAAAAUAAAUUUUGUGUAGUCAAUUCCUAUUUUAGAAAAAUAAAAUUUUUGAAGUGCUAAGUUGCAUGCUAAAUA